CUUUCGCUGAUGAUGUUCCGCCUGCUGCUUGUGGCUGCCGCUUCCGUCGUCAUCUCGGCGAACGGUUUUGACGUGCGCGACCCCAUUGCUCAGCUUGUCAACAGGGUGAUCGAUGUCACAGGGACCGGCAACGAGCAGGAGGACACCGCCCACGCCAUUGACAAACCGGCAAAGAAACAUGCCACGAAAGCGUCAAGAGGUGAUACCUUUCUGUCUGAGUUGUCUGGCAAGCUGAAGCAGCUUGUGGCGCAGUACAACGACACGAUGAUCCGAUGAUCCUCGCGGGCAACGGGCGGCUCAUUGUUCGGUCCAAUAAGGGCAGCAGUCACAAUGAAGUCAACGCUGAGGAUGGUAGGUGUACUGGCGGGGGUAUGUGUGCUGAACUCAGCACGAUGGGCUGCAGCUGCUUGUGGGCUGUGCAGGGCCUGACACUAACCUGACGGAGCCGGAGCAGUCUUCCAUCCCGUUCUGCCCGGGUAUGCACAGAUGGGAUGGAAGGGAGGCUCCCCACUGGCACCCAUCUCCGUGCUUGUCGGUCCUGUGCUUGUCUGCUAUCAGCACCCUUUUCGGAUCUUUCCUUCACGAUUGAUGAGGGAGAAAGUGUGGUUCGCUCCAUCAGGUGGGACGACGGGGGGGAUCGCUACAUCGUCGUGGGCAUUGACUCCCUGAGAGGGGAUGCGGAUCUCAUCGUGUGCGACGAAGAUUCGAGGUGAGUACGGCGUCGUCAGACUUGCAUCUUGUGUUUGUUGUGGUCUUCCAGCGGAACAGACACAUCCAAUUGUGAAAGCAGCAGGGCCUCUUGGGGUUCCGGCUUUGAAGUAUGCAUACACACACUCCUGAAUGUUGAACUUUGGCACUGCGUGUAUGCAGGACGUCGUCGUGAUUGACACGGAAACAUUUAACGGAGAGGAUGGCGUCGCAGUCGAAGUAAUCGUACUACACAGCACACAUGAGUGUGUUGCUGGCAGAUACGUGUUCGGCUGUGCAGAUCAACUGCGUUGAGGGAGGAGGCAGCAACGACAACUGCCGAGUGGUAGGCAUUUGGAAUUCUUUCGUGCACGGCUGAUGCAUGCGAUUUGUGUGCGCUUCGUGCAGAAUUACGUAGCGUUCCCGCACGACGACUACUGCCGCCCGACGGAAGGAGAUUUCGCCGGCGUUGGCAUAAGCAUCAGUCCGUUUUUUAUCUUCGACUAGUGAAAGCAUGUGUGUCACUGUCGGUGUCGCCAGCCCAGUGUGUGCCAAAGGUGCAUCCUCGACUUCGUUGGAAUUCGUCUUCCUGUUCUUCGUGUCGCUCUUGGGUGCGAGAGUCCGUUUCAAUCGGUCCGUUUGGUUGGUUAUAGGAUGGAGUGUGCAUGGUCGUAGAAAAGUGCGAACACCGUACAUUCAAUAUACGUGGUCGGACAUACGUACGACUCAGCUCAAUCAACACGUCGCCGCAC